CCCAUCCCAUGUGAUACCCUGACGUAGCGUUUCGUUCUGCGUUGCCCUGAUGCAGGGGGUUUCCAUCAUGGCGUCGAUGCAGAAAAGGCUACAAAAGGAACUAAUGGCUUUGCAAAAUGAUCCGCCCCCUGGAAUGACGCUCAAUGAGAAAAGUGUACAGAACACAAUCACACAAUGGAUUGUAGAUAUGGAAGGAGCCACGGGCACGCUCUAUGAAGGAGAGAAAUUUCAGUUGCUUUUCAAAUUCAGUGGUCGGUAUCCUUUCGAUUCACCUCAGGUAAUGUUCAUGGGAGAGAAUAUACCUGUCCAUCCUCACGUUUAUAGCAACGGUCACAUCUGUCUUUCAAUACUAACAGAAGACUGGUCGCCAGCCCUCUCAGUGCAGUCAGUCUGUCUCAGCAUUAUCAGCAUGCUGUCCAGCUGCAAAGAAAAGAGACGGCCCCCCGAUAACUCCUUUUACGUAAAAACAUGUAACAAAAACCCAAAGAAGACAAAAUGGUGGUAUCACGAUGAUACAUGCUAAUUAACUUUCUAAUAGUCCUACUGUCCCACAUAAAGCACUUUUGAAUCAUACAGUCACUGAACUCUGACCUUUUGACUGGAACAAUGGACACCGUGAUGCGCUGGAGACUCUUUUUUUUUUAAACUGCAUUUCCCAGAGGGCAGUUGGGUGCAUGUUUUAGCCGGUUGUAAUAUACAAAAUGAGAAAAUAAAGUUAUAUGUCCCAACAAUGGAUUGUUUUGGCCAAAAGGUCGUUAUGCAGCCAGCAAAAUAAAUGGUUUUGAAGUGAGAUUAUUAUAUUAUUAUUGUUUUAAGAUGAUUCUUGUUUCCUUUUGUGUUUGUUUGAGUACAUUUAAAAGGUUGUCAUCAUGUGUGAUAAUAAUAAUAAUAACAGCAACGGUGGAUGCAUACUUGGGCAUACAAAGAGACUUCAAUAGGUUAUACCAGGAAGAGGAUCUGAGCAUCUUAUACCAGGAAGAGGAUCUGAGCACCUUAUACCAGGAAGAGGAUCUGAGCAUCUUAUACCAGGAAGAGGAUCUGAGCAUCUUAUACCAGGAAGAGGAUCAGAACAUCUUAUACCAGGAAGAGGAUCUGAGCAUCUUAUACCAGGAAGAGGAUCUGAGCAUCUUAUACCAGGAAGAGGAUCUGAGCACCUUAUACCAGGAAGAGGAUCUGAGCAUCUUAUACCAGGAAGAGGAUCUGAGCAUCUUAUACCAGGAAGAGGAUCUGAGCAUCUUAUACCAGGAAGAGGAUCUGAGCAUCUUAUACCAGGAAGAGGAUCUGAGCACCUUAUACCAGGAAGAGGAUCUGAGCAUCUUAUACCAGGAAGAGGAUCUGAGCAUCUUAUACCAGGAAGAGGAUCUGAGCAUCUUAUACCAGGAAGAGGAUCUGAACAUCUUAUACCAGGAAGAGGAUCUGAGCAUCUUAUACCAGGAAGAGGAUCUGAGCAUCUUAUACCAGGAAGAGGAUCUGAGCAUCUUAUACCAGGAAGAGGAUCUGAGCAUCUUAUACCAGGAAGAGGAUCUGAGCAUCUUAUACCAGGAAGAGGAUCUGAGCAUCUUAUACCAGGAAGAGGAUCUGAGCAUCUUAUACCAGGAAGAGGAUCUGAGCACCUUAUACCAGGAAGAGGAUCUGAGCACCUUAUACCAGGAAGAGGAUCUGAGCACCUUAUACCAGGAAGAGGAUCUGAGCACCUUAUACCAGGAAGAGGAUCUGAGCAUCUUAUACCAGGAAGAGGAUCUGAGCAUCUUAUACCAGGAAGAGGAUCUGAGCAUCUUAUACCAGGAAGAGGAUCUGAGCACCUUAUACCAGGAAGAGGAUCUGAGCAUCUUGUACCAGGAAGAGGAUCUGAGCACCUUAAAAACAAAAAUAUUUUUGUUUUUACUGAAAUUCAAUGCACUGUGAAAAAAACUAAAAAUCUAGGUACAACUAACUCAAUGUCGGUUAUUCCAGACAUGCAGUUAACUUCUACUGUAAAACCACAAACAUCACCACUUCCUGUUUUCAGGCGAUAAUCGGGUUUUAAAUGGCUUUACUUUUAACCCUUUAAUCAAGAGCAGUACUUCCCCUCUGCCUUCCAUCUUCCAAGGACUUGAUUUCAGAAGUUGUGAAUUUGUCUGGUCUAUGUGUUGGCUACAAUGUUGGUACUGACCAGGUUGAGACAAGAACGACGGUUAGAACUCUUUAAUUCGCUGAGACUGUUACGUACCUCUCUAGAAUAAUACGGGCUCAACUCAUAUAAUGGUGUUUGCUAGUCCAUUCGGCAAAGCCCAGCGGUGUGUGAAAACAUCCCCUCCGUGUAAAGCCCAGAGGUGUCUAUCUGUUGUUGUGAUCCAUUUGUAUGAGACGUUGGUUUGGUUUGUUUUUGAUGAGAUGAAUGCUUUAAUCUCCUAAAAACAUCAUCUGAUUUGAUGAUGUUUGUCUUUGUUGUUUUUUUGUACUGUUUUUCAGCUAGCUGAAAGGGGGAGUUAAAGGGGGAGUUGUGUAUUUAAUGAACAUCUCUAUGUCGAUCUCCUGAGUGGUAGUAACAGGGAAAGGAAUCGGUUCAGAACUGUUGUUAGUGACUCGGCUAGACUUGAUUCCCUGGUCAGAGAUUGGCUAAGGUACUUUUUUUUUUUUCAAUACGAGCUCACCUUGGAAAAAGACAUCCUGUCAGAUAUUUAGCAUUUAACUAUAUUUUCACCAAAAAAAAGAGACUUUUAUGUUGUGAAAUUACAGCGUAUGAAACUAUUCUAUAUAAAUCUUUAAUUUUUUUUUCGAAAUUACGGAAGUUAGAAAUGAGUGUGUUCAUAUUUCUUUUUACUAAUUAGAGUGAUUUUAAUAUGAGUGUUUUAUUACUUUGAGUUUCUCUGCAAUGUUUCUUGUCAAUAGGAUGUGUACAGCUACUUAGUUGUCAUCAACACACAACUACUGUUGGUCUUACGAGGUUGGUCUGCUUGCUGAGUUUGUAUGGACUUUUUGUGCCAUUUUAAAUAUCAAGCGAAAAUAAUGAAGUCUAAAACAGAUGUCUUAGUUUUGCAAACAAAAAUUAUAUUGCAAAAAAAAAAAAAUAUUGAGAGAAAAAAACAUGUAUUGCAAGGAAAUCAAUUUGAAGUGUGUGAACAAAUUAAUUCAGAAUUAUUCUUUUUUUGUGAAACAUUUUCCAUUAUAACUAUUGUGAUUAAAUGCCUACUGCAUUAUAUUUUGUUUGUGCAAGUUUUGGCACCUUCAUUCCAGCAACAUAGCAUCCUGCAUCCCACUGCUGGUUUGCCUCUGAAGCUAAGCAGGGUCGGUCCUGGUUAGUCCCUGGAUGGGAGACCGGCUGGAAGUGGUGAUGGAGGGUUAGUAGGCAAAGAGGGAGGCGUUUGAACACAAUCAAGUUAUCAUUGAAAGUGUUUCACUGAAAACUAUAUAUUUUUUAAUUCAUUUGUUCACGCAUUUCAAAAUUAUUUCCUUGCUAUAUAUAGAUAUAUUGCACUCAAUACUUGUGGGUUUAUUUUGCUUUCCAUUUUGUUCUCCGACUUAAGAAGUUUUGCUUGAUAUUAAUGGCACAAAAUUAACUCUGUCAAUUUAAACGUGUUAUUUCUGUAUCUACACCUUUACUAUGGGAUUGAAUCAGCAGCCCUCAACUGUGACUAAGAGGCUGUCGGGUUUACGUUCCAAAUGGCAUCUUAUUCCCUAUAUAGAGCACCACUUUUGACCAGAGGCCCUAUGUACGGUGGUCAAAAGCAGGGCACCGUAAAGAGAACAUUAGGGAUCCAUUUUGGGACGCGCCCAGCCGAUGUGUUGCGGCAGCUCUCACUCCAUUCCUAUAGUUGUGUCCUGUCGCCGUCCAUUCAGAAAUAAUUAUUCCCGUCAUUGGGUUGAUUUUUUGUAUUGUAUCUGGUUGUCUUUUUUUUUUUUUUUGGCUCCACAGAGAAGUUUAUUUCUGUCACAAUAUGAAACCGCUUGACUCAGUGAAUGUGUUUGUUAUAGAUAUGACCGUGGCACACUGGUGUCUAGGAACCGUAUUUAUGACUAUAUAUAAAGGAGUCUUAUCUAUUUAAAACAAAAUGCUUUUGUAUGACACUGUAGAAGGGUUAUCUGGUGUUGACAAAACCCUAUCUUCUUACAUAGUGCACUACUUUAGACCAGAGUAUGGACCCUGGUCAAAAGUAGUGCACUACUUAGGGAAUAGGGUUCCAUUUGGGAAAGUAUGUCACAGUAUGACAUUUAGUGCAGGGACAAAAAGCCUUCAUUCACAGACCAGCAGACAUGUUAAAACCAGGAGUGGAUCUGUCAACAGGAUUUGGAUCUCUCUCUUUUUGAUUUCUACUUUUAUUUUCCUGAUUUUUAUUUAGUUCUAUAUUUUUUCCUUUUUAAUGUGGUUUGGAUUCUUGGCCUGCAGAUUGUUGUGAUUGAUCACCAUGGGGAUGGUAAUAUCAUUAUAUUUGUAAUAUAUUUUGAGAUGUACAAGCUCCAUGUCAGAGAUGCCUGUUCAUUUUAAUAAUCAAUAAUAAAAAGCAGCGGUUCACUUUUAA